CAACAACCUGAUCCUAGGUAAAUGUAUUAUAUAAAAGUAAAGCGCACGCCGCUGCUUUGUGUUUGGUAAUUUGCCUUCCAAUGCGGUAGUUGAGCCGCAUCCUACCCCGAACUGUCCAAUACAUGGCUAUUAGAUCUCAAGUUAGUUUCUCUGUUUUUGAAGGAUCCGCUUGGGAUCGCGAAAUUAAGGGUAGGGUCGUCCGCAAUGUCACUGCCACAGCAAGCAGCAGCUCCUUACGGCCGGAAAAGCCGUCGUGACGGCGCAAUUGAAGGUUGUUUCAUAAGCUUUACUUCUGGCUUUACUGCGGCGCGACCUCCACCGACUCACCGCCAAUCUCAGUCCAUCUAUACCAACCAACGUUUGCCCACCAUCAGCGCGAAAUCAGACUGCCCUGGUGCGUGGCUCAAAUGCGGCUGCGCUUCGCGCAAUCCUGACCUGCGAACAAGCGCUGUGCUGCGCACCACCGGAAAUGCAGCUCUUGUAGGGCUAACUUGCAGAGACAUCGCGUCGACAGAUACUGUGCUUCAAUCUCGGAGCUCACAGUUACACAGUUUGCACCCACCGGGGCAACACAGCUACGAUGCGGAGCUCGAUGUGGCUUUUAGCCCCGCAGCCAGCAAACCUGAGCAAUGUGCGAGUCUACAAGGGGCCCCUGACCACGGCGCUUCGACGACGUGCAGGGAAACAGCGGCUCAACAAGCAGACACCAGCGCGCAGUGGCGAACAAGGAAGCAGCCGCUGGAAAGGGCCACGAGCCGAGUAGAUGAUUCGGACGGGCUGCGAAGCACAGCUGCCCGUAAGAACCAACGCAGCUGGCUUCCAACCCCGUCUGGGUCGGAGGUGCAAAGCCAUGAUGCUAGGGCUUUGGCCUGCGAUGUACCAGCGCCAGACGCAAAAGCACAUGGUAUAGGUCGCUACCGCCGAACAAUCAUCGGCGCCGGCGCUGCCAUUGCAGCAGCAACCGCAGCGGCGGCGGAUGGGGCGCUACCUAGCAGCUCGGUAGCUUCCCUCGCCCUCGUCUUCAAUGAGGGAGCUUUCGCAGACACCCCACCGGACACGAAACCCAAGCACGCUGCCGCAGCUGCCACCUCCUCCUCUCGUCCUGCAAGCGGGCAAGACCCGCUUCCUCCAGCAUUGCCUGCUCACGUGCCUGGACCUCAUCCACCAACAUCACCUACGCAUGCGACUGCCCGACCCGCCUCAAGCCGUUGCAAACAGCACAUUUGGACCCGCACCUCCCCCUCCUUACCUUCCCCACCCGCGACCGCAGCCCCCGCAGCCUUCACCCCACCGCCGCCUCUCCCCGUUGAAGUACGGCGGACCGACCUCGUCACGCCGCGGAAGCUCACCUACCUCCUCAGCAACUCCUCGACACUGUCAGACCUCGAAACCUACGUACAGCAGUACGGCAACCACUUCAACCACUUCCAUGUCAGCUGCUGCCUGAAUCGCCUCGCCAAGGCUGCCGACGUGCAAAAGCCCAACAUGCAGCCCGUCCUGCAUCGCCUGCUGACUCAGCUUGACUCCAUGCUGCUCGCACGGCUGCAAGACUGCGGUACCCGUGAGCUGUGCAACGCGCUAUGGGUGUGGGCCAAACUGGGUCACGUUCCCUCGCCCGAUACGUGGCACGCCGUCCGCACCGUGCUGUUCAGUACGGAUGCAGAUUCGGAUCCCCUGGGCUCGUCCAGCCAGCCAGCAGGUGCAAUUGGAGGCGGCUUUCCGGCCGAGUGGACGCCACAGGGCAUCGCCAACGCCGCUUGGGCCCUGGCGCGUAUGGGAUGCGCUGACACGGUGGCCUGGCGCCGUCUUGCCGAGCUCAGCUUGGGCUCCCUGCACGCCCUGACUCCCUUCGACAUCGCCAACCUGGCGUAUGCCUUUGUCGCCGCACGCCAAGACGACACCCACCCCACACAUGUCGCCCUCAUGCGGGGUCUGGCGGAUGCGUCCGUGACCCAGAUCGACAAGUUCUGUCCACAGGACUUCUCCAACAUGCUGUGGGCCUACGCGCGUAUCGGCAUGCCGCAGCCGGCGCUGCUCGCCGCUGCCUCGCCCUUGAUCUGUCGUACGGCGGCCAGUUUCGGGCCUUCGGGUCUGGUUCAGAUCAUGUGGGCCUACGCAAAGUUGGGUGUACGGGACGUGCCGCUGCUCGCGGCCGUCGUACAGGAGCUGAUGAAGAGGCUGCCCCGCUUGGAUGCACGCAACUUGGCGCUGCUGUGCUGGGCGCUCGCAAGAAUGGUGACCGCGGGCGCCUCCACCGCCGCUGCCUCAGCCACCGCUGGCGGCGACGUCAGCGGCGGGCGCGAUGUCAUGGCCAGUGAGGCAGCGUUCGUACCGCAGACGCUUGCUGCCAGGGUACGACGCGGGGUGGCGGAUCCGUACUUGAGGUGCUUCCAGGACUCUACAGCUGCGGCUGCGGCAGCGAUGGGGGCUUCUGCAGAGAUUCCCAGCACGACCGACCGGGGCAGUACGACGGGCCGACACCAUGGCGGGGGUGAUUGUGGCAGCCUCUUCCUGCCCACCGUACGACAGGCCGCCCUGGCGCCCGAAAUGGAUCUGGAUCUCGAGCUGCCUUCAGAGGCAGGGACCGCGGAAGCGGGUGUCGUAACGGCUGCAGGAUCAGCCACGCAUUCGGUCGGACCUGUGGGGGCUGGUGGCAAUACCCGUGGGACCGCGACCCAUGGGUCGGCGGACAGGACAUCCACAGGCUCCUGGCGUUCCGAUGCGGAAGCUCUCGCGCUGUCAGAGCUCGAAGUAUCCGCAGCCAUUUCAGCUGCCAGUGAGGCCCUGAAGGCUCAGCUGCCGCCUGGGCUCCUGCCGGACCUGGUGUCGGCGGUUCAAUCCCGGCUGGAAGCACUCGACACCCGUCACUUGGCGAUCAUCCUCUGGUCUCUAGCGACCCUGGGUCACAACGACAGCGCCCUCUUCACCGCCGCCGCCGCCAUCCUCGGCCCACGUCUGCGUGAGGAGGAGGUAGCUGCGCAGUGCCUGGCGCACAUUGCAUGGGCGUAUGCAGCUGUACGACAUUACGAUGAGGCGUUGUACGACGCGAUUGCGGAUGCUGCCAUGCAGAUGUGCUCCGAAAGCAGCAGCAACAGCGGCGGUAGCAGUAGCAGCAGCAGCAGUGGCAAGAAAAGCAGUCCCGGAGAGGUUUCCCUUGCGCUGGCGAACGUGCUUUGGUCGCUCGGGAGCUCGGGGCAUUACGCGCCGAAGCUCUUCGCGUCCGCAUCCCGCGUUGUGGUGGAGGCGGUUGUAGCGGCUGAGGGAAACCCCGCCGUAACCAACCAGCUGGCGUUAGUCAUGCUGGCUUGCGCCUACACCGGGCAUGAGGACCAGGAACUGUACGAGCAGGUUUCGGCGGUGCUGCGUACGGCUGGGCCACAGGCGUUGCAUGAUUGGAGCCUAACCAACAUCUGUUGGUCGUUGGCGGUUGUGGGUCACGUGGAUUUCGAGCUGCUGACGGUGCUGUUUGGUGACGUGGCGAUGCAGCGGGCAGACCGGAUGGGCUCGCGGGGCUGCACGCAGCUGUUCCAUUGCUGCAUGUGGCUGCAGGACCUGGUUCCCGGCGGUCGGCGGCUGGCGUCGCUGCUGCCCGCGCGGCUGCUGCAGAUAGGUCGCGCCACCUUCCUGCAGCUCGCCCGGGACUCGGUCAUCUCGGACUUCCAAGCGGAGGUCUUCAGGACGCUGCAGUCUCUGGGUCUGUCCCCCUCCAUGGAGGUCAAGACCGCCGACCGGCUCUUCUCCCUGGACACCCUGCUGCUCCUGCGCGGCGGCGCACUGCAGCUGGUGGUGGAGAGCAACGGCCCGCAGCACUACCUGCGAACCCAUCCGGGGCGCUUCGCAGGCAGCACCCGCCUGCGCUGCAGCCUGCUGCGCGCGCGGGGGCUGCAGCUGCUGCACGUGAGCUGGCGGCAGUGGCAUGUGCUGGGCGGGGAUGGCAGGCGGCAGCGGGCGUUCCUGCGGAAACAGUUGAGGGAGUUUGUGAAGCGGCU